UGUGUGAGUGAGGAGCCAAAAGCCUGGCCACCUCUUAGUUUCUUCCCUAAACCACGUACAAAAUCCACUGCCACUUGUGUUCAAGAAUUUGUUACAGAAAGCCCUUGAAUUUAUUUUUCUCUCUCUCUCCAUUGCCAAUUUAUACCAUUUCUGACCUUUUUCAUCAAAUGGGUUUUAGAUUAUAGGUCCUCUAUUUAUUAGGUGCGCACACACACAUUGAGGGAAUCCAUCUAGAUUAUUAUGAGGAGAUCGCCGUAAUCCGUGAUAGAGAGAGGAGGCCCUUUUCUUACACUGAUCUCUGUAUUUUUUAUUUAUUUUCGGAGAUAUAAGGAUUGGGUUUUUUAUCGUUGAGAUAAGACGCCUAGUAAAGAUUGGAUUUUUAUUGGCAUCUAGAGUCUGAAUUUUUGUGUGGAUAGUGUUUUUGUUUCUUGAUUUUUCUUGUAAUUUGGGGUUUCUGUGUUUCUGGGUUUUGAUUCCAUGGCUGCUGGUGCAGAGGUAUCCGGUGAGGGAGUGGUUGUUGAUUCCCAAAUUGCUGUUGUUGAGCCUUCAUCACCCAAAAAUCAUGGCCCUCCUAGUGAAAAAAUCGUUGAGAAAAUUGAGAAUGAUAAUGAAAAUGAAACUGAGAAUUUCGGUUCUGUUAAUUCUGAGGAGUCAGAUAUAAGUAACGGUGUUAAAAUUUCUGAUUCGAAAUUGAAUGUGGAUUCAAAGUCGGAGCUUCAAAUGAAGGAAAUUGUUGAUAUGUUGAAGAAACUCAAGUUGAAUCCCAUGGCCAAGGAGUUUUUUCCUUCUAAUUAUUAUGAUGGCCAAAUGGGUGAUUACAACUUUGUGCUUUCAGAUAAGAAUUUGGGGGAUGAUGGCCCUAAUAAUCGAAGGAGAAGAAAUAACUACAACUCAAGCAGGAAGAGAAUGAGUGGCAGAGCUGCUAGAGCUCAAAGGGAAGACAGCAUUAGGCGAACUGUCUAUGUCUCUGACAUUGAUCAUAAUAUUACUGAGGAGCGGCUUGCUGCUCUAUUCUGCAGCUAUGGACAAGUUCUCGAUUGCCGGGUAUGUGGGGAUCCACACUCCCGUCUUCGCUUUGCUUUUGUAGAAUUUGCAGAUGAUUAUUCUGCUAGAGCUGCUCUUAUCCUUUCCGGAACACUCUUAGGUUUCUCUCCUAUCAAGGUCUUGCCUUCUAAAACUGCUAUUCUCCCCGUCAAUCCGACAUUCCUUCCAAGGUCGGAGGAUGAGCGUGAAAUGUGUGCGAGGACAGUUUACUGUACAAAUAUUGAUAAGAAGGUUACACAACUUGAUGUCAAGAAUUUCUUUGAAACAAGAUGUGGGGAGGUUUCCCGUCUGAGGCUCUUGGGGGAUCACAUGCACUCUACACGAAUUGCUUUUGUUGAAUUCUUCAUGGCUGAGAGUGCAAUCCUGGCUCUUGACUGCUGUGGUGAGAUGCUGGGAUCCCAGCGUAUCAGGGUGAGCCCUUCAAAGACACCGGUGAGGCCGCGGAUGCCCCAAGCUGGAGUGCAGUAACGAUAUAAACUGGAAUCGUCUAUCCCUGAAAGGUGAAGGUUGCUGUUUGUUCUCUUGGAAGAGAGCCUGCUUCGAAAUAGAAGAGGUCGUGAAACUUGCUGUGUUUCAGCUUUCCAAUUUCCUGGCAACAGUGACAUUUUUUUUCUUUUCCUGCUCCUGGAUUUAAAUUCUGAGUUUUUUUCGAUGAGUGCGAACUCGGCUACGUUAUAUGAUAUUUAAACAUGAAUGCUAUCUUGAACUACUGCAAUGCUGCUUCAAAAUAAAUGGAAAAAUCGAUGCUGCCCUUGCCUUGCUCAAGGGGUGGUUUACAAUUUA